CCAGCCAAAUCCCAUAACCUCCUUCUAUACAUACGAGAAUACGAACACACUCUGUAUUCUUACUCGCCAUUUUUCCAUACCCGCCAAAAUCAGUGCUGCUAAAGAUGUAUACAACACUGGUCAUCUUCUUCCUCCUCAACCUCUCCGCGAUCCAAGCGGAGAUCGUGGAGCUCCGGCCCGGAUUUUACUCCGAGACGUGUCCAGAGGCGGAGGAGAUUGUCAGGGGCGUGAUCAAGAGGAACAUGGAAAAAGAGCCCAGAAGCGCCGCCUCAGUGAUGCGCUUGCAGUUUCACGAUUGCUUUGUUAACGGAUGCGAUGCGUCGUUGUUGUUGGAUGAUACGCCGGACAUGUUGGGAGAGAAGCUUUGUUUGUCGAAUAUAAAUUCGCUGAGGUCAUAUGAAGUUGUUGAUGAAGUUAAGGAAGCUGUGGAGAUGGCCUGUCCUGGGGUUGUUUCCUGUGCUGAUAUCAUAAUCAUGGCUGCCAGAGAUGCUGUUGUUCUGAGUGGAGGACCUAACUGGGAAGUAAAGCUGGGAAGGAUAGACAGCUUAACAGCAAGCCAAGAAGAUGCAGACAAUAUCAUGCCAAGCCCUAGAGCAGAUGCAACCACCCUCAUUGAUCUGUUUAGCGGAUUAAAUCUGUCAGUGAAAGAUCUAGUAGCACUUUCAGGGUCUCAUUCCAUUGGUCAGGGAAGGUGUUUUUCCAUUGUGUUUCGGUUGUACAACCAAUCGGGGACAGGACGGCCUGACCCGGCCAUUGAGCCAAACUUCAGGGAAAAGCUGGACAAGCUUUGCCCACUGGGCGGGGAUGGAAAUGUAACGGGGGACUUAGACGCCACACCUCAAGUAUUCGACAACCAGUAUUUCAAGGACUUGGUGAAUGGGAGAGGAUUUCUGAAUUCAGAUGAAUCACUUUUCACCACCCGUGAGACUAGAGGGUAUGUGAUGCAGUAUAGAAGAAAUGAGAGUGCAUUCUUUGAGGCUUUUGUUGAAGGGAUGAUAAAAAUGGGUGAUCUUCAAUCUGGGAGGCCGGGAGAGAUUAGAAGAAACUGCAGAGUGGUCAAUAGCUGGCAACCUGCAAACUUGGUUGCAUAUUGAAAACAACAUUGCCAUAUAUAGGUUAAUCAACUCCGAUCUUAAACUGAGGUUAAUUGGAAUAUUUUGACUAAGAUUCUCCAAAUAUGUUUGUACUUUGACGUUUAUAAAUAUAUAAUUGAGAGAAAAGAGCAAAGCAUCAACACAAGUGUU